AUGGUAGUAAUGGAUGAGAUGCCGUUUAGUGUGGUUGAAGGAAAAGGGUUUAGGCGGUUUUGUAAUUCUUUGAACCCCAAUUUUCAAGUGCCAUCUCGUAGGACACUUGUGAGGCAUUUCAUGGCAAUGUAUGAUGCCAUGAAACAAAAAUUGAAAGAAGAAUUAGCACCACAUAGAGUAUGCCUCACAACGGACACUUGGACAAGUGUUCAAAACAUCAAUUACAUGGUCAUCACGGCACACUUCAUAGAUGGUGAUUGGAACUUGCACAAAAGAAUCUUGAACUUUUGUGUCAUUUCCAAUCACAAGGGGAACUCAAUUGGUAAACUCCUUGAGUCAUGUUUACUUGAUUGGGAUAUGAAGAAGAUAUUAACCAUCACGGCCGAUAAUGCUUCUUCAAACACAAAGGCUAUAGAUUAUUUGAAGUCAAAAAUGGGCCAUUGGGGAAACGGUAGUCUUCUACUAGAGGGAAAGUAUAUGCACAUUAGGUGUUGUGCUCAUAUUGUGAAUUUAAUAGUUCGUGAUGGGUUGAAGAAGUUGGAAAAAAGCAUAUUGUGUAUAAGAAAUGCGGUGAAGUAUGUAAGAUCUUCUCCCAAAAGGUUAGAAGACUUUAAGAGUUGCGUUAAGAAAGAGCAAAUUGAAUGCAAAGGGCUUGUGGUGUUGGAUGUGCCAACAAGGUGGAAUUCCACAUAUAUGAUGUUGGAAGCCUCCUUAAAGUUUGAAAAGGCCUUUUGGAGAAUGGGAGAAGAUGAUGAAGGUCCAUAUAUUUCUUGGUUUGGUGAAGAUGAACCGGAUGUCGAAGAUGGGGUGGUUAUGUCUCAUUACCCUAGAAAGAGGGAAGGGCCACCAACUAAUGAGGAUUGGAACAAUGCUCGUACCUUUGUGAAUUUUUUAAAGGUAUUUUAUGAUGCUACAUUGAAGAUGAGUGUCACUUUGCAUCCCGCUUCCCACACCACAUUUCAUGACUUGAUUGCAAUGGAAGAAGAAAUUGAGGAUUUGUUGAUGGAAGAGGAGGAAAUAUUAAGUGAAACCCAAACCUUCAAGGUUUUGAAGGACAUGGCACUUAACAUGAAGAUGAAGUUUAAAAAGUAUUGGGGUGACCUUGAUAAAUUGAACCAAAUUUUGAUGGUUGCUCUUGUUCUUGACCCUUGA